UGUGUGUGUGUGUGUGUUACGGAGAGAGAGUGAGAGACAGUUCAUGGAAUGCUGUGAUGUCAUCAGCUCAGUCAUACACAAAGGCAAGGAGGAGGACACACAAGCACACUCGCUCGAAUAGUUACUCUGCUGUGGAGCAUCUGCACCCCCACUGUGAGUACAUCCUACUUAAAUAACAUAUCCGUUCUCUCACACAUUCUGCUGAAUUGUCUAUUACAGAAUGCCUCUCCUUUUCUGUCCUUUUUUCCCCCCACUAAGCGUUGAGUAGAAAGAAACCAAUGUGUUUGCCAGCAGUGACAGUUCUCAGUCUCCGGCUACCUUUGUCUCCCUCCAAAUGUUGCUUAUGCUGUUUUCAUUGUUAAUACCACCAUGCCUAGUGAAGCACAUUCAGCCCCUCUGCUACAACAGCGUUCUGCUCAUGCUGUCCUGGGAUGUGACCCUGUAGUUUGGUUACAGCCCAAUAACGGCCAUGUUGAAAUGGAGCAGCUGUCUCUUGGGAGUUUGAAAAAAAGGAAGGGGGGUUGGAAAGGGAUGUGUGUGAAGGAGAAGGAAAAAACCCACCCAUUCCUUUGGAAUCGGUUCCCAUCCAGAGUCAGACACACUCUCAGAGCCCUGACAUGGCUUGAGUGAGGAAACCAGGGUUUGAUGGAGGGGAAAAUAGAUUACUGAGAUGACUAAGAAAUGAAAAAGAAGACAGUAAGUAGUGACAUCUUAAGAGGAGAACAGAUAAAGAAAACCAAGGCAAGAAAAACUGUCUAGGAUAACUAAAGAUAGCAGUAGGAUUAGCAUACAGUAGGGACUAGGCAGUGCCAAUCAUCUGCAGUGCAGACAGAUGUGAUGUAGAAUUUUCCCUGAAGCAGAGUCUCCCAGUGAUGGCUGCCUGACGAGGGCUGAUGACGAAUGACGUGUGUGUGUCGAGGGAGGAGGAAGUGUCAGCUCAGAGGACAACAGAGGAAGCAGUCUUCAGCUUGUGUGUGUGUGUGUGUGUGUGUGUGUGUGUGUGUGUGUGUGUUUGUGACAGACGAGCCCCGAUCUUCUUCUUCUCCUCAUGAGGCUUGUUUAGAAACCAACUCAUCUUCAGGAAACUGUUGGCUUAAGGAGUCAGGACAGUACCCCUCCACCUCCAGCCCACCACCGCCGCCACCAUGCUGCAGCAGAUCUUAAAGGACAUGUACAUUGACCCAGAUGUGUUGGAGGCCCUAAAUGAGGACCAGAAAAAGACCCUGUUCCUGAAGAUGAGAGAGGAGCAGGUGCGGCGCUGGACAGAACGUGAGGAGAAAGAAGCGGACCAUAGGCCAAAGUCAAAGACAGCCAACAGUAAGAAAGUGAGCUGGUUGCUGGGCAGGGACGGAGAUGUGGCGGUCAUGGCGAUUGGAGAGGUGGACGAGCUGAAGACCUCCAAACUCAUCUGCACUGGGCCUGCGGAAAGAAGCGCACCACCAAGCCUGCACAAUAACACACUUCACCAGACAACUUCCCUGAAGAGCAACCUGGUAAACAGACCAGCCUCAGAACCUGUCAGAACUCGGAGAGAGGAUCUGCCUCCCAAAACACAGUCAGGGAUACAACUCAAUUUAAAGGAGAACAGUGAGGAAGUGAGGACAUUGCCCCCUCUACAGGGGGCAGUGAGAGAGCAGCAGCCACCCGCGGCAGUUGAAAAAGCUGAGUUGGAGCAGGAUGUAGAAGUAGGUGGUCCACAGGAAAACCCAGUCCUCCUGUCCUACAGACCUCACCCCAGAGCUGGCCCUUCCAACCUGAGGCUGGGUAUCCCCAAGACCAUCACUCCGUCCUCUGUAGCAAGCUCCACUCCAUCCCCUGUCCCCACUGACACACCGUCUCAUGUCCCCAAGACCAUAAACCCUGUCCCUACCAUCACAACGUUUUCUGUCCCCAAAACCAUCACACCGCCUGCUUUCCCUAGCAUCAUAACACCAUCCCCUGUAACCAACAGUGUCACACCGUCUCCUGUCCCCAGCAGCAGUGUCAUACCGUCUCCUGUCCCCAGCAGCAAUGUCACACCGUCUCCUGUCCCCAGCAGCAAUGUCAUACCGUCUCCUGUCCCCAGCAGCAGUGUCAUACCGUCUCCUGUCCCCAGCAGCAGUGUCAUACCGUCUCCUGUCCCCAGCAGCAGUGUCACACCGUCUCCUGUCCCCAGCAGUAAUGCCAUCAGAGCUGCUCUAGAAAAGAGCACUGCCAAAUCACACGCUUCAGAGAAGACCGUCACACUGUCCCCUGUCCCUAGUCCCAUCACACUGUCCCCUGUCCCUAGUCCCAUCACACUGUCCCCUGUCCCUAGUCCCAUCACACUGUCCCCUGUCCCUAGUCCCAUCACACUGUCCCCUGUCCCUAGCCCCAUCACACUGUCCUCUGUCCCAAGCAGUGUCAAAACAUCUCCUGUCCCCAGUGUCUCACCCUCCCCUGUCCCCAGUACCACUUGGUCCCCUGUCCCCAGUACCACUUGGUCCCCUGUCCCCAGUACCACUUGGUCCCCUGUCCCCAGUACCACUCGGUCCCCUGUCCCUAGCAUCUAUACACCAUCCCCUUUCCACAGGACCGUCACUCCAUCCCCUGUGGCUCGCAGCACGGCCAUAAGAGAAGCUCUAAAGAAGAGCACCACCAAAACACAUGCUCCAGAGAAGACCACUGUCACACCUCUGUCCGCUUCAACCAGACUCCACCCCCAGGAGACGCCCAGCAGCAGAGGUAAGAUAGUAGAGUAGCAUGGGGGAUUGAGUCCCCUCACAUUACAACACUGAGCUGAAUAUAUUGAGAUUGUUGUGAAUGAUUAUGGUGGGAGAAACAGAUUCUGGCCUCAGAAUCCGGAAGCAUGUAGACACCAGGGCACCUGCACAGUUUUACUUCACACUUUCACACAAUGUUAAUGAAGUCAUGACAGGCAGUUCUCUUCCCUGCCACCUGGGGGCUAUGUGAGAAUGAUUAUCUGUCUUUAAAGCACUUUCACCUGGUGUGUUGUAUAAUGGUCAGUUCAUGGUUCGGCUGCAGACCCGUUCAGUGUAGGUUCUUACUGUGGUUAGUGAGGUGGGUUUAUUUCCCAGCCCAGUGUCCUAGCCAACCAUUGCCUCAGCCCACUGGAGUCUUUAUGAACUGGCAGACUAAAAGCAGGCCAGCCUUAGGGGGAGGAAACCAGUGUGAUUGUGUCAUGGUCACACAUCCCCUCCUCUUUCUCCCUCUCCAACAUCUCUCUCUGUCUCUAUCUCUGUCUC